AUGAUUCCGUUGCAGGGGAACGAGUCGGUGGUACCGGAAGGCUGGCCCCUGACGUUGGGCAGACGUGGCCUCGUCCUUCAGCUAGGAGAGCUCGAAGCCUCCGCGCUACGUCUCGGGGAAUGUUACCUCUGCAUACGCAGCUCGGCUGCAGUUGCAACGAUCUCGGGGAGCGGCGAAGCUGCCGCUGGUGAAACCGACGAGCGAAAUACCGUCGAGAUCGCAGUAGUUUGGCGAACGACGUCGAUGAGGGCCCCAGGGUUCCUCGGCUGGGACCGCGAGGAGGAGUUCAUGGACUGGCGGGAGGUGUCUCGGAAGGGGCAGGGGAGCACCGGCGCGGCGGGCAGCAGCCUGCAAUCGUCGAGCGCCGCGAGGAGCAUGAUGCGGCCCAGGCGACGCUCGCGCGAGGAGGCGCGCUCGAGGACGCGGGAGCAGGGCUGCGCGUUCGAGCACCGCCGCGAGGAGACCCGUUCGAUCGACCGGCUCGAGUGCAACAGCUCGAACGAGAAUCGCCGCCGCGCCGCAUCGGACACCGCGGCGGACGCUGGCCACGCGGUCAUGAAGUCCAGGUCGACGUCGAGCGUGGGCACGUGGAAGCCCACGGAGCUGCUGGAUGCUUCGGCCGAGACGAACGGCGCGUUCGAGACGGCGUCCAGGCCCGGCUCCGACCAUCGCACUUCUAGUCUCUCCAGCGACGAGAAUCGCGCUGGCGAAGUGAACAAGUGCGCCAAGGUCGUCUCGUCGAUGACCAUGGAGAAGUGGAAGGAGACGGCCAGGAAGAUCGAGAGAGUCUCGCUGGACGAUUUGACGUUCCCCUGUCCAGCGUGCAGGAACAUAGACACCGACGACCCUCUGCUGGGCUGCAGGUGCGCCGGUGACGACUGCACUUGCGGCAACGGGGAGGACGCUUGCGAUUGUUUGUCCUCGGCGAACACGAGGAACGAACAGUCGACGAGAAGCUUCGAGAUCGCCGGCAUCAAGCACAUUGACAGCGACGACGAGGAGGAAGUUCGGAUGGGAUUCGGUGAGUGA